CAGACUGUUAGAUUUGUGUAUUUUGCUGUACUGAAUAGAAAACAGACUGAUUUGUACUAAUACUCUUUUUAUUUUCAGACUGUAGGUAUGAUGUUUCUCAGGGUGAUGUGUCUGCAGAUGCAGCUUCUGCUGUACCUCAGACUGACAUCUGUGGCUGUCACAAGCUGGAGCUACUCCGUCUCUAACCAGAACAUGAGCUGGUCCAACUCCAGCACCUGGUGUACUAAGAACUACACAGGUCUGAUGGUCAUUCAGAACAGGGAGCAGCAUGACUAUCUUAAGCGUGAACUGUUACAAACAAAUAAAUACUGGAUUGGCCUCAGAAAGAACUCUAGUGUCUGGAUGUGGUAUGGAACGUCAAGGAAAAUGGAGAGUCAAGAAUUAUGGGAUCCAAAUGAACCCAAUAACAUAAAGGAAAAUGAGGACUGUGUGGAAAUGUCCAUAAGGCGUAAUGAACCUGAGCGUAACGGCAAGUUUAAUGACGAAACGUGUAGUAAAACAAAACUUGCCCUGUGCUAUACAGAACACUGCAGGUCAAACCCGUGCGUCAAUGGAGCAAAGUGCCAGGAGACGAUCAACGGCUACAACUGCACUUGCAUCCAGAUGUCUGUUGUUGGUGGGAAAGUGAACUGCUCUACAGACAAAAGCCCGUUGUGUACAGUGGAGUGCCUCCCUGGUCACCUGCUUCUGGGCCCUCAGGAAUACAGCUGUCGACCUGGUGGCUCAUGGAGCCUCUUUAGACCACUGUGUGCAAGUUAUGGCCAUUUGUUACUGGCUUCAACUAUGUGCAGCGUCCUUUCCACAGUCUGCUACUGUGUGUUCUGCUGUUACUUCUGCACAAAGAAAAGAAACACAGUUAUAAGAAAUCAGGAAGCAAUAAUGAAUCCGACGUAUGAAAAAGAAGAUACAUUACUGGAGGAGGUUCCACUGAGCACUGUGUGAUGUUCAGCUCACUCUGCCCAUUUUACUCCAUUCACUGCAUGUAUAAAAUCAAGGUCUGGUGCAGUCUGUUGUUGGCAUUGAUCAUUUAUUUUUAUAUUAUGUAUUAUUUUUAAUUAAUAAAUGUGUAUAACUGAAUGAUACUGGUUUUAAAGAAUUGUUAGUGUCAGAAGGUUUGAUAAAUGUAUUUGUUUAUUAAGUAUUUCUUUUUGACCUAUUAGCAUCAUUAUUAUUCACUGUUCAUUGUUGUCCUCCUGAAAUUGUUUCUGCAGAAGCUGAGUAGCACAGUAAAACUAAAUGUGUGUAUUUACCAUAAACCUGUGACUUCAGUCCACUUAAAUCAUGUUUGUGCUACAUUAUUCAAUUAAGUAUCUUAUACAUACAGUUGUUUGGAAUCACUACAUAUAACAUUUUUAAUAUUAAACGUGGUGGCCAAUACACAACAGCGAGCGAGUGGUGCUGCAGCAUGGAAGCUAGAAAGCAGGCUGGUUCAGUUAAACCUUAGCUGCAACACAGCUUAAAAAGAAUCGGCACGUCUUAAAAAAGAUCAGUGACCAAAAAAGUAAAUAAAUAAAUAAUAAAAUAAGAGUAAAUAUUGGCACUGAGUUUUUCUGCCUCUGCUACCAGCCGCACCUGACCAGUCUUCACUGACUUCACUUGACAGCAGUGAGGGCAUGUCCUAACUGAGAUCUAGAUCAGGCUGCAACAAGAUAAAACGGUAGGCUACUCAAAUAUUGAUGUGUAUGUUAUCUGCUAAACUUAGAACCUGUAAAUUUGUAACCCCAAUUCUAGUAUGUGAAUUUUUUGAGGAGUGGGAUUUUUCCGGUAUGACAGGCUUGGCUUAGGCUAACGCAGCUAGCGGUGCAUAAAGCUAGAUUAGCCUACUACAGCUAAAGUUUACAUUAGCUGGUUUAUAAUGUGCAAACAAUAAAAACACUCUAAAUGUAUUAACUAGCUGACUAACUUACAGAGUAUGAUGUGGGGUGUGGGGCUUACGGGGUCAAGUAACACAAAAGUAACGCAAUAGUUACUUUUACUGGUAACUAGUAACUUUUAUAGUGGAGACACUCAGUUAGUAACUCAGUUACUUUUUUGGAGAAGUAACUAGUAAGUAUAACUAAAUAGUUUUUCAAAGUAACGUGCCCAACAGAGCUGCUGUAUGGUCUUGGCCAACGUGCUGCAGCUCAGUUUCAGGGUGUUGGCAAUCUUCGUGUAGCCUAAGCCGUCUUUAUGUAGAGCAACAAUUUAUUUUUUCCAGAUCCUCAGAGUUCUUUGCCAUGAGGUGCCAUGUUGAACUUCCAGUGGUCAGUGUGAGAGCGUGAGACUAAUAAAACCAAAUUUAACAGUUCCCUGUUCACACCUAAGACCUUCUAACACAAAUGAGUGACAUGACACUGGGGAGGGAAAUGGCUAAUUGGGCACAGUUUGGUUAUUUUUA